AUGUCAUCAUUUCCGACUGCAAAGAAGCCUGAUAUUUCUGUAAUAACGACAACCACAUCACCUGUGCCUAAUAAAAUUUCUAUCGAUUUUUCUGAUUUCCUUCAAGAUGACUUUAAUGUAAAAGCUUGGAUCAAUAAGGCUUUGACAGGUGUCGGAGACACAAUUAUAUACCCACCAAAAGAACAUUCUCGGAACGUUAGCAUAGAUGCAAACAAGCAGUCUGCCCGUUCUAAGAUAAAGAGCAUUAAAGAUCGCAAAUGGAUAAUUGACACUUCGCAACUAAAUGCGCUAGAGAAUCAUGUUUCUGUAUUAUUAGACAAAUUGCAUUUCUUAAACCAGGAAGUAUCUAGUAGACUGGAGAGAACGGUAGAAGACGCUGUCAAGAACAUGCCACAAACCUUGGCAUUUCUGCAAGUUAUUAAAAAUGACAUAAUUGACCUAAAAGCGAGAGAUGCAGCUGUAAAAAAGGAUCUCGAGACAGUAGAGGGCAAUACCGGUGAGGCAUUGGAGCAUCUCAAAUAUAUAGAUUUAAUCAAGAAUCGUAUGGAAGCAUCGCGUGCAAUGUUAAGGGAAGCUGAGAGUUGGAACAAUCUCGAGGCGGAAGCAGGCACUAUAUUCGCUUCUCAAGAUUAUCAGAAAGCAAGUGCGCGUUUGGCCGAGGCUGAGAAGAGCUUAAUCAUAUUUCGUAAUACACCAGAAUAUGAAGAGCGCCGUAAGUUAUUGACAGAAUUACAGAAUCAGUUGGAGGCCACAGUUAGUCCGCAGUUAGUGGCUGCUCUUAAUCAACAUGAUUUGGCAGCAUGUCAGAAAUUCUAUUUGAUAUUCAGUCAGAUCGGUCGUAAAAAGGACUUUUGCAAUUACUAUUACGGCGCUCGAAAAUCGUCUCUCAUACAGUUGUGGCAGAAUACACCUAUUUUGGAGGAUACGCAAACCAUAGCAGAAGAAUCAGCAGGCCCGGAGUCGAGGAGAAAGUUUGUUGAGUUUCUCCGGGAAUUUUUUGACGAAUGCUUCAUUGUUUUGAACGAAGAGCACACAUGGUGUGGCAACGUGUUUCCCGAUGCAGAUGAAGUUUUAUGCGCUCUUAUCGAAAUUAUUUUUAGUUCGUUAAAACCAUCUCUUGCUGCUCGUCUUGCUGGAUUGGUAGAACGGUACAACGAAAAAUGUUUAUCUGAGAUUAUUAAUGCGUUUACUGUAUGUGAGAAUUUCGGUCAUCAAUUUGAAAGUGUAUUGUUCAAGUCUGUUCGUGUUGAUGCCGGAACACAUUCUAUCACCGCCACGAAGAGGCAUUCGAGAAACGAUCUGAUUAAAUGGGGUCACGUAAUAUUUGAACCGUUCUCUGAUUAUCAACACGACUAUGCUGAAUACGAGAAGACGUAUUUGUCCCAGGUGUUCAGAGAGAAUUUACACGCAGAAAAGGGUGUUAGCGUGGACACGACGCGCGCGAUUGCAGACAGUGUUGGAAAAGUGUUCUCUCUGGUAGAGGGUAGUUUAUCUCGGUGUAUGGCUCUUACCCAUGGAUUUGGCGGAGUUGGUUUAAUCGAUGCUGUCAAUUAUUUUUUUGAGGCGGUAUUCAUGGAAUAUAAUAACCUAUUAAAGCGAUUGAGAGUGGAAUGUGGAUUGAAUGCCAAUAGGCAACAUGAUCAACAGUAUAGUACUUUACCUUCCAACAGAAAUGAGAAUACUUAUGAUUUCGAUCAGGAAAAAUUAGAAACGGAUGACUGGUCUAAUUUUCAACUAGGAUUGCGGCUGUUGGGCAUCUGUCGGCAGAUGUCUGAGCGGCUUGCUAAUUUUGAGAGUAAGGUAAAGGAAACACUCAAUGGGACGAGAGCAUUGAUCGAAGACAAUGGGUUAAACGCAGAUUUAGAGUGGUAUGACCGUCGUUCUGUUACAUUGGAUGGAUUCUCUGGCACUCGAACUUCGCUAAUGUUGUUAAGACAAUCUCCGCUCAAUAGCUACUUACUAAAUCAGCUAUUGACGUGUAUUGAAUCGAAACAAUUAUUUGAAUUGUCUGUGAACUCCCUGACUAGUUUCACUAAACAAUGCCAAUUAUUUGUAUUUGAUACUAUAUACCUACCUAUAGUUAAGCAUCUAGCUGGUCUUCCUACGAUGAGCAUAUGGAAUAGUAAUUCAGAAGACAAUCGACGUUCGGCAUUUAAUCUAGAGAUACCAAGCUUUAGUCUACAACCAUCGAAAUAUAUAAUGUCUAUCGGAGAAGAUCUUCUCAACCUACCGAGUCAAUUUGAGAUUUAUGCUGACGAUAGUGCGCUAGCAUUUUCUAUUAGUUCAUUGCCGUAUGCGGAUAGUAGUACAGUUGAUGCGGAUGAUAAUUCGAACGAAGAGGAGUCAUCGGACGAAGAUGUUGUUCACAACUGGAUGGCUUCGAUUGCAC